AUGUCCAAAGCUCGAGGUGCUGGAGGCGUCGACCAGAUCGUCAAGUUGAUCGUGGGAGCUGGACAGGCUAGUCCCAGUCCUCCUGUCGGUCCUGCUCUGGGUUCCAAGGGUGUGAAGUCGAUGGACUUUUGCAAGGAGUUCAACGCCCGAACCGCACACAUUAUCACCGGUACACCAGUUCCUUGCCGAGUCACCGUCCGUCCUGAUCGAUCUUUCACCUUUGAUGUCCGAACACCACAAACAUCAUGGCUUCUCCUCAACGCUGUUGAAGCACCCUUGGGGAAGAAGGGAAAAAGAAAGGGUGCCAGCAAUCCUGGUCACGAGACUGUUGGAACCAUCACUUUGAAGCACGUUUACGAGAUCGCGAAGAUCAAGCAGUCUGAGCUCCGACUCUCAGGUCUGUCUCUUGAGGGUCUUUGUAGAGCAGUCAUUUUUCAAGCAAAGUCAAUAGGUAUCGACGUGGUGGCUUAA